GGCGGGAGCACUGCAGUGAAAGCCCAGGCAGCGGACAGGCGAGCAGGGGGCGGGCGGACAUCUUGGGAUCCGAGAGUGGCCAGGCCGGCCUUUUGGGGGCUGCUGACUCCAGGUCUGUUCUCAGAGCAAUGGGUCACAGAGACUGAGCUGCCACCAUGAUUGGAGGUUUAUUCAUCUAUAAUCACAAGGGGGAGGUGCUCAUCUCCCGGGUGUACCGAGAUGACAUCGGGAGGAAUGCAGUGGACGCCUUUCGGGUCAACGUGAUUCACGCACGGCAGCAGGUGCGCAGCCCUGUCACGAACAUUGCCCGCACCAGCUUCUUCCAUGUUAAGCGGUCCAACAUCUGGCUGGCAGCCGUCACCAAGCAGAAUGUCAAUGCUGCCAUGGUCUUCGAGUUCCUCUACAAGAUGUGUGACGUAAUGGCUGCUUACUUUGGCAAGAUCAGUGAGGAGAACAUCAAGAAUAAUUUUGUGCUCAUAUACGAGCUGCUGGAUGAGAUUCUGGACUUCGGCUACCCACAGAACUCAGAGACAGGUGCACUAAAGACCUUCAUCACCCAGCAGGGCAUCAAGAGUCAGCAUCAGACAAAAGAAGAACAAUCCCAGAUCACCAGCCAGGUGACUGGGCAGAUCGGCUGGCGGCGGGAAGGGAUCAAGUAUCGGCGAAACGAACUCUUCCUAGAUGUUCUGGAGAGUGUGAAUCUGCUCAUGUCCCCCCAGGGGCAGGUGCUGAGUGCCCAUGUGUCAGGCCGGGUGGUGAUGAAGAGUUACCUGAGUGGCAUGCCUGAGUGCAAGUUUGGAAUGAAUGACAAGAUUGUCAUUGAAAAGCAGGGCAAAGGCACAGCGGAUGAAACAGGCAAGAGCGGGAAGCAAUCAAUUGCCAUUGAUGACUGCACCUUCCACCAGUGUGUGCGACUCAGCAAGUUUGACUCUGAACGAAGCAUCAGCUUCAUCCCACCUGAUGGAGAGUUUGAACUCAUGAGAUACCGCACUACCAAGGACAUCAUCCUCCCUUUCCGGGUGAUCCCGCUGGUGCGGGAGGUGGGGCGCACCAAACUGGAGGUCAAGGUGGUCAUCAAGUCCAACUUCAAGCCCUCGCUUCUGGCCCAGAAGAUUGAGGUGAGGAUCCCAACCCCACUGAACACGAGCGGGGUGCAGGUGAUCUGCAUGAAGGGGAAGGCCAAGUACAAGGCCAGCGAGAACGCCAUUGUAUGGAAGAUCAAGCGCAUGGCAGGCAUGAAGGAAUCACAGAUCAGCGCAGAGAUUGAGCUUCUGCCCACCAACGAUAAGAAGAAAUGGGCUCGACCCCCCAUCUCCAUGAACUUUGAGGUGCCAUUCGCGCCCUCUGGCCUCAAGGUGCGCUACUUGAAGGUAUUCGAGCCGAAGCUGAACUACAGUGACCAUGAUGUCAUCAAAUGGGUGCGAUACAUUGGCCGCAGCGGCAUUUAUGAAACCCGCUGCUAGCUGCCCGUGGCAGCCGGCCACCUCCCCACCAACCCUUUUCCAGAAGUCCAAGGACCCCCAGUGACCACUCGCCAGUGUCUUCCCUCCCUCCUGCUCUGCUGCCUUCCCUUACACCGGCCCCUGAAUCUAGGUCUCAGCCAGCCCCAGUGGGACUGGUGAGGCAGUCCCCGGCUUCUGGGCAGGGUGGUUUUUGAGGCUUCUCUUCCAUCUGUCUGUCCUGGCUUAGUGCCAGGCCCUGAGUUUUGUGACCAAAGCCAGGUGGCCCCCUCUCCUUUCUACCCUUGUGGCCACACCUCUGCAGUGGGAAGGUUGACUACCCCUCACCUCAGAGCUCCCCCAAAGGCCAGUAACAGAUUCCCAGCCCAUAGCCCCUACUCUGCUUUGGGAUAGUAUGCUUCGUUUUGUACACGUGUGACUUCGUCCAGUUAUAAACCCAAUAAACUGUAGAGUGGAA